GCGGCCCCGCUGCACCGGGCAGCCGCCGCCCCGCCGCCCCGCCGCGCCCCGCUGCCGCCCGCCACCAUGUACCUGCACCCGGAGGCUGCCAGCGCAGGGACCCCCUCCCGCGACGUCCUCCUGGUCUCAGCCAUCAUCACCGUCAGCCUUAGCGUCACCAUCGUCCUCUGCGGGAUCUGCCAGUGGUGCCAGCGGAAAAUGGGAAAGCGUUACAAGACUUCCCUGGAGACUGUGGGAACUCCUGAUUCCAGCCGAGGCCGUAGCGAAAAGAAAACCAUCAACGAUCUAGACAGAGACUUUUGGAAUAACAAUGACAACACAGUGCAGCAGAAAUGGAGCUCCUACCCUCCCAAGGAGUUUAUCCUAAACAUUUCUCCUUACGCUCCGUACGGUGAUCCGCGCCUUUCCCUCAAUGGCUCUCUGUUAUCAGGGGCCAAGCUGACGGCGUCGGCCGCCGCCGGGCUGUCCGGGGACCGCGACGGCCGGCCCGGGGACAAGCAGCGGCUCGGCGAGGAUGGCAUGAGGAGCAGCGUGUCCGCCCACAGCGAGCCCGGAGCGGGAAAGGCGGCACGGGGCCGCUGGCACACGGUGCAGAGCCACUUGGCCGCAGGGAAGCUCAGCCUGUCCAAUUUCGAGGACUCCACCCUGUCCACAGCCACUACCCUUGAGUAUAUCCCCACCUCAGCAGGCGAUCCCAAAUUCCAGAGGCCCCGCACGCUCGUGCGCCAGCAAAGUCUGCAGCAGCCCCUGAGCCAGCACCAGCGCGCCAACCACAGCCAGCCCACCACCAGCCAGAGCCUGGGCCACCUCCAGGCCCACAGCGGCUCCUCCGCCGCCGCCGCCAGCUCCCGGGGCUCCCGCGGCGGCCCGGCGCGCCAGGGCACCGCCGCCGGCUCCAAGCAACGGAUGGCCGGGGGCAGGAGCCGCUCCAACCCCGGCAGCUGGGACCACGUGGUGGGGCAAAUCCGCAACCGCGGCUUGGACAUGAAGUCCUUCCUGGAAGGCCGGAUGGUGGUGUUAUCCCUGGUUUUGGGACUCUCAGAGCAAGAUGACUUUGCCAAUAUUCCCGACCUGCAACCCGCUGGGACGCAGCCGAACCAGGCGAACGCUCAGGGGGACAAGAGGUUGCCGGCCGGUGGGAAGGCUGGGAACACAGCACCAGCGCCGGGGCAGCCGCCGCACGAUGAGUCCGACCGCAAGACGGAGCCACACUCCUCCGUCUCCGACCUGGUCAACUCCCUGACCAGCGAGAUGCUCAUGCUCUCCCCAGGCUCCGAGGAUGACGAGGGCCAUGAAGGCGUCAGCCGGGAGAACCUGGGCCGCAUCCAGUUCAGCGUCGGCUACAACUUCCAGGAGUCCACCCUGACUGUGAAGAUCAUGAAGGCGCAGGAGCUGCCAGCCAAGGACUUCAGCGGCACCAGCGACCCCUUCGUCAAGAUCUACCUGCUCCCCGACAAGAAGCACAAACUGGAGACCAAGGUCAAGAGGAAGAACCUCAACCCGCACUGGAAUGAGACCUUCCUCUUCGAAGGGUUCCCCUACGAGAAGGUGGUGCAGCGGGUGCUGUACCUCCAGGUCCUGGACUACGACCGCUUCAGCCGCAAUGAUCCCAUCGGAGAGGUGUCCAUCCCGCUCAACAAGGUGGACCUGACCCAGAUGCAGACCUUCUGGAAGGACCUGAAGCCCUGCAGUGAUGGCAGUGGAAGCCGUGGGGAGCUGCUGCUGUCGCUGUGCUACAAUCCCUCAGCCAAUUCCAUCGUGGUGAACAUCAUCAAGGCACGGAACCUCAAAGCCAUGGACAUCGGGGGCACCUCAGAUCCCUACGUGAAGGUGUGGCUGAUGUACAAGGACAAGCGGGUGGAGAAGAAGAAGACGGUGGUGAUGAAGCGGUGCCUGAACCCCGUCUUCAACGAGUCCUUCGCCUUCGACAUCCCCACGGAGCGGCUGCGUGAGACCACCAUCGUCAUCACCGUCAUGGACAAGGACAGGCUGAGCCGCAAUGACGUCAUCGGCAAGAUUUACCUGUCCUGGAAGAGCGGUCCCGGCGAGGUGAAGCACUGGAAGGACAUGAUCGCCCGCCCGCGGCAGGCAGUGGCACAGUGGCACCAACUGAAGGCCUGAGCGCCCCCGGUCCGCGGGCUCGGGGUCCCCCUUCCCAGCUCCCAGCCCCUUCCCGCGGCGCUCCCGGCCGGGGACCGGCGGGACAGCGGCCUGGCUCACGGGGACCCUGCGGGAGGACGGGGACGGGGACGGAGCCCCCCCGACCCCCCGCGUUCGCCUCUCCUGGGGUGUGGGGGGUGCGGAGCCGCCCCCUACCUCGGCCGAGGAGGUGCCAGAAGCGAUGUCCCCCCAUCCCUAUUCCCACCACCGGGCAGGACUUCUGCGAGUGCUUCCAGCCCCGCUCCCGGAGCCCCUCGGCCCCU